AUGGCCUCCUCGCUGCUUCGCCGCGCGGCCGCCGGCCGCGGGCGGUGUCCGUCGCCGGCGGAGGCGCUGCGGAGGCUGGUGUCCUCGGAGGCGGCGCCGGAGCAGGCCCUACCGCGGCCUCUGCGGGAGAUGCCGCCGUUCGACCACCGGCCGAGCCCGUACGCUGGGAUGGGCGGCGCCGAGAUCCUCGAGAAGCGGAAGAAGUUCCUUGGCCCCUCCCUCUUCUACUACUACCAGAAGCCGCUCAACAUCGUCGAAGGGAAGAUGCAGUACCUGUACGACGAACAAGGCAAGAGAUACCUCGAUUGCUUCGGAGGCAUCGUCACGGUGUCAUGUGGCCAUUGCCACCCUGAUAUUGUCAAGGCCGUGCAGGAGCAGACCAAGUUGCUUCAGCACACCACCACCAUAUACUUGCAUCAUGCCAUCGUCGAGUUUGCCGAGGCGCUUGCCUCGAAGAUGCCAGGCAAUCUCAAGGUUGUGUACUUCGUCAAUUCUGGGACCGAAGCGAAUGAACUAGCAAUGUUGAUGGCUCGGCUGUACAGCGGGAAUCUCGGUAUGAUUGCAUUGAGAAAUGGAUACCACGGUGGGAGUGCUGGAACAAUAGGUCUCACGGGUUUGCAGACGUGGAAGUACCCGAUUCCUCAGGGUGAGAUUCAUCAUGUCAUGAAUCCGGAUCCUUACCGUGGAGCUUUUGGGUCUGAUGCUGCAGCUUAUGCCAGGGAAGUCGAAGAACACAUAAAUUUUGGCAGUUCAGGAAGGGUUGGAGGUUUUAUCGCAGAAACUUUCCAAGGUGUAGGAGGUACUAUUGAACUAGCUCCUGGAUACCUGAAGUCGGUCUAUGAUACUGUCCGGAAGGCGGGUGGUGUCUGUAUAGCUGAUGAAGUCCAAAGUGGUUUUGGCCGUACUGGAAGUAACUACUGGGGAUUCCAGACGCAGGAUGUCAUCCCUGACAUUGUAACGAUGGCAAAGGGAAUCGGCAACGGUCUACCACUCGGUGCAGUUGUAACAACUCCUGAGAUUGCUAGCGUGAUGGCUCAGAAGAUCCAGUUCAACACAUUUGGUGGGAACCCUGUCUGUUCUGCUGGUGGAUUGGCUGUGCUCAAGGUUCUCGACAAGGAGAAACGGCAGGCGCAUUGCGCAGAUGUCGGCGCUCACUUGGUGGAACGUCUGAAAUCUCUUCAGCAGAAGCAUGAAAUCAUUGGAGAUGUCAGAGGAAGGGGGCUGAUGCUUGGGGUGGAGCUCGUCACUGACAGGACGGAGAAGACACCGGCCAAGGCUGAGACCGCUGUUCUGUUUGAGAAACUCAAGGAUCUUGGUGUUCUAGUCGGCAAAGGCGGUCUCCACGGCAACGUCUUCAGGAUAAAACCACCUAUGUGCUUCUCCAAGGACGAUGCAGAUUUCUUGGUGGACGCCAUGGACUAUGCGAUGUCAGGGUUCUGA